UGCAAAACAGCUCCACCUGCUUAAUCUAGUAGGGUUGGAAAUGUAUUGUAGGCAUGGCUGGAAUUAUUUUUUAAUGUUUAAACUCUCACAAAUGCAGCAAAACAUGGCUCAGUGGGUUAAACAUUAGCCACUGUGGAUUACACCUUUUAAAAAGAGCCGUUAUGGUGUAGUAUGUUGGUCAUUCAACUGGUGGAUCAGGACCCACAUGUGGAUUGUACCCAGUGGCAUUGCCACUAUUUUGUUUGUUUGUUUUGUUUUAAGAGAAACAAUGAGAAAGGACAGAAAUAUAGAGGUCCUUCACCUCUUAUUGUUUAUCUAGAAGGGGGAUUGUAGCAACUUUAGCUUGUUACACAGAAAAAAGCAACAUCUAGGAAAAUUCCAUCUCUACACCACUAUUAAAGGUGCAGAACUCCUUCUGUUCUCCUUUGCAGCUAAUCACCUGAGAGAAAGGAGAAAGGGCCAAAAAUUUAAACUGGCAAAGUAGUGCAGAAUGGAUCUGAAAGACUACUGAUGUGGGCAAAAUGUCAAAUUAAGAGUGGGGAAACCUGGGUUUCAGUCCCCACUCAGCCAUGGAGUUCCUGGGCUAGUCAGUUUCUUUCAACCUAACCUACCUCACAGGGCUGUUGUAGGGAUAACAUGGGGAAAAUCACAUGUAAAAUGUCUGUCCUGUGUGCCUUGGAAGAAGAGUAGGACACAAAGUCAAUAAAUACAUAUUUAGCCCCUAUUUCUAUCAUUAGUAUCAAGCUUUUAGGCACCUGGGCAUCUAGGAUUUUCCCCACUAUUGACUAGAGACUUUGGCAGCUUUUUCUAUUUUAAUGAGGUAGAUACUGUGGUUGGUUGAUAGCAAUGUCUACUGUAAUGUGAGCAGAUGAAGUUCUACUUUUCUGAAACUGGGUGAGAGGUAGAAGACCAAGGCCAUUGUUACACAAAUGUUGGUUUAUGUUGUAAACUGAGCCUCCUUCCCACAGGAGCAGCUGUGUUCUGAUGGCAUUUUCUUGUGAACUGGUGUCCUGCCUUGGAUUGAGUCCUCUUCAUCUAAUAUGAGCUGAAAGUCGUAACUAUUGUGGCUGCUCUGUGUUCAGAUUGGAGGCUGCGUAGAUUGGUGAUCUACAGCCUCUGUAUAAACGACAUAUGGAGGUGGGUCAAGCAUCAUUUACUGACAUUCCCUGCAUGGAGAUUAGGAAGGAACCCUGAAAUUCUUUGCAUUUAAUUUUCCUUCCCUUGUAUCUGCAUCACUGGCUCUUGGACUCUCGUAAGCCCAACCUUUUGCACGUUAACUUUCACCAGCGAAAAGCCUGGCCUUUCCUUGAGAAUUAUGAGGCGUGACAGGCCACAAGAGCGGGCAGCCAGCUGGCCAGCAGAACAUAUCAAGGUGCUCCUUGCCCUGUGGACUGAGGCAGCAGUCACUCACGAUCUGAGUUCCCAUGGGAGGAACCGCGCAGUGUAUGAUGGCAUUUCCCAACGCCUGGCGGAAAUGGGCAUUUACCGGACUGGAGACCAGUGCCGGGAGAAGAUGAAAGGCCUGAAAGUGGCCUACCGCAAAGCCAAAGAAAAUAACUCUGUGGGGCGGCCACCCAUCAAGUGUCCCUUCUAUGAUGAGAUCGACCAGAUCAUGACGCAGUAUAUCAAUUGCAGGCCAGGCUUUCCCUCUGAGGCCGGUGAAGGGUCCAGCAUCAUUGCAGACAGACAAGAAGGCCUCCCCAUCUCUGAGCCCUGGGGAGCCCAGUCUGGCAUCUCUGACCGUUGGGGAUCCCAGUCUUCUGGACACUGGUUGUCACAGACUGCUGCUUCAGAAAGCCAAGGGACUGAUGAAUUCAGCUAUGCCCAGGCAGAGUCUCAGGAUGCCUUUGGUGAGAUUCAAGUCAUCCCAGUUCAGGUGAAGGAAGAAGAAUCGGAGGAUGAAAUAUCACCUGAGCUCGAUGUGGCCUCUCCUAUAGUGAUGGAGACCCAGCCUGCGCCAAGACAUCUCAUCUCUAUGCUCGACCAACGCCCUCACCUCCGAACCCGGAAGCAAAAGGCUCAGGGGGAUGGGCAGUCAGGCUACCAAAGGGGCACUGGUCAGAAAUACAACCGUUCUCAUCAGCUGGAGUUGCAGAGGAUGCAGAGACAGGUGGCCAGCCAAGCUGAGGAGAAGCAGAGUUUAGUGGAGUUCAUCCAGCACGACAGGGAGAUGCGCCGGGAGGACCGGGAAUUCCAUGCCCAGCUCUUCGAGAAGCUUUUGCAGAAACAGACUGAGCUGGUCCAGGCACUGACUCAACGGCCUCCUGCCAGUCCUACUUCCACUGCCUGUACUAACGCUGUGCAGACCACGCAGGUGCCCACUAAGGGUGGAGCAGGAACAACCACAGGCCCAGGCUUACAGUUGCAGGCUUUGCUGGAGCAGAUCAUGCAAGCUGAAGGCUCAGGGAAAGGUCUAAGCAGGCUUGCUGGGAAGGAGGCACUCGGAGGAGCUGUAAAAGUGCCUCCAGAAGUGCAGUAUUGGACUGCCGAAGAGAUACUAAGGUGGCUGCUGUCUCAGCAGUCUCCUGGGGAUCAAGGCCAAGAGGUUCUGUCAGCCCUCAGGCCUCCUCCUGCUGGAGGGCAAGUAGGAGCAAGUGGAAAGGGUGACAGUCCAGAGGCAGAUCUCUCGGUUUUGAAUCCGUUAUGUGAUUCCUACCAGAGUUCUAGGCAGCUAGGUAAAGGACAACUUCAUAGCAGGAUCCAGCAGCUCUGUGGCAGCAACUGUGCUAAAGCGCCAGAAGCAAAUGUAGACCUAGAGACACACCGUCGGUCUUUCAGACAGUUCUGCUACCAGGAAGCCCAGGGCCCCCAAGAGGUGUACAGGUGCCUGUGGGAACUUUCCCAUCAGUGGCUGAGGCCAGAGGUCUGCACGAAAGAGCAGAUCAUGGAGCUGCUGGUUGUCGAACAGUUUUUGAGUAUCCUGCCCGAAGAGAUCCAGACCUUGGUACGCGAGUGUCAGCCAGAAAACGGCAAGGAGGCUGUGGCCUUGGCAGAAAGGUUCCAGCUUCACUUUGAGUCCAAGAGGCAACGGGACAGGACACGGGUAGCCUCUGAGGACAUGGUUACAGAUUCUCCUCAAGGAGAACUGGACGAGGAUCAAAGACAACCCUGCAUCAAAGACAGUCCAGAGAAGCCCAGGAGGACUGGUGUACUCGGUACAGAAGCGCACCUUCAGCUGCGGAAGAGGCCAAAGCUGGGUCCGAGGGAACGGAUUGUGUCCAAGCAAGAUGGAGAAUGUGGAGAGGCCGCAACAAAGCAAAGGAGGCAGGACCGUAGCUUAGAGGAGCAGGAGGCAACUGAGGCGGGGGAUAAAGCCAAGCAGACGCCGACCCCUGUGCCAGGAAAGCAUGCUGGGAAAGCAAGAGGGCGGGGAAGAUCGAUGUCGGGGCAUACUAUGGCUGUGGCUGGGGAGAGCCCUGCUGAAGGGGAAGCCAAGAUGAAAGGCAGUGGCAGCAUUUCUGAAACUCUGAAUGGGAUAAUCUCUUCCAAUGCAUCAUGUGAGCAGAAGACCCCAACUGGCCGUGGGCCAUCUCGCUUGGUUUUUGACAAGGAGGGCACAGUGUCCAGCCCCCAGCAAAGGCAUGAUGGCCACCUGUCUCCCGAGGCAGACGGACCUUCGCUCAGUGACAGCACUGACAUGUUGCUCGAUUCUCCUUGGAGCGGAAAUGGCAGCGGUGACGUGGCCCACAACGGGCCAUCUGGCUCCAGGGGGCCACCGUCCUGUGCCGGCUGCACCGUGCUGAAGGCGGAGCUGGACACUGUACGCGAGGAGCUCCGAGUCACUCAAGCUUCCACACUGUAUGGACUGAGUGGUACCUCUUUACAAGACCUGUCGGAGGCUCUUGGCACAAUUGUGCACAUCCUCAACAACAGCAGGUCCCUGUCCAUAACAAACACAUCCCAGAAUGUUGCUGAAAUCCCCAAUAGGCCACUGUGGCGAGAAAGAAACCAUUUCUGAAUGUCAAAUGGGCUCAACUUUCCCCAGCGCUAAGGCAACUGAGAAAUUCAGCAGCAAAACUGACCACGUUAGGAUGAAGAGCUGAAUUUAAAGAGGGAGAAAACAAAGAAAGAACAUCCUCAGUUCUUGUCGUCUGAGACUUACAACCAGUGUUCCCUCUAAUUUUUCUUUUGUGUGUGGAAUGAGUUUUGUUCUCGGUGGCAGUAUCAAGGCAGUGUGUGCGUACAUGCAUUCAGGAUGGGGCCUUCCUGAUUCAACCUGAGCAGGAUCUAAAAUUAACUGAGUGGACAUCAAGAAAACUUGUGUGCGCGCACACAUGCGCAUGCCUUAGAGGGAACACUGCUUACAACUGACCUCGCUUCCUUCAUCCUCUCCACCCUCCCUGCUCCUUAAGCCUCAUGUAAAUUGUCCAAACUGCAGCAAGACUUAGAUGCUCAGGAGCUGAUGCUCUUUUCCUGCUGUGGUGCAGAUGUUGACUCUCAUUACUUUCUUUGCCUUUUUAAUGUUACCAUAGAUUUUGUCUGUCUGUUUUUUAUACAGUAGCAGCUGUCUCUUCCCUUUCCUGCUUGGAUCUAAAUAAAGCAAUUGGGAACGUC